AUGGAGAAUAAUCGGAUAGUUUACAGGGACAGCGAAGUAAAUUCCCAAAUUUCGGAUAAGGGGAGCGCAUCGAAUGAAAGUGCAAACAACUCAGGUUCUCAGAGGCUCAAAUUUGAAGAAUGUGUAAAGUCAUCCCCGGAAUUGUCCAUCAAUUCAGCGAGCAACUUCGAUGAUGAGUUAAGUCUCCUCCUGAACAGCACAAUGCAGAAUGACAACAUCUUUGAUCUCUUGAGCAAAAAGUACCUCUCAGGGUAUGCCAUAAGUGAUGCUGUAAGUGGUACGGAUGUCGAUGCCCACACACUCUUUCACAUUUGGAAUGCACGCAAAACAUCCCAAAAGAGCUUAAUAAUUUAUAAUCAGAACUCUGCACUAGAGGAUGAGCACUUUUCCGUUGGAAAUAACCGGAGUUUGUCGAUUAAGGACCUGUUUGUAAUAUUCCAUCAGCAGCUAUGCUACAGUUGGCAAUCGCAAUUGGAUUUAAUUGAUCGAAAUAGACCAAUGUUCAAUAUUCCUCCGCAGGACAACUUGCUAGUACAUUUAAUAGAUCCAAAAACAAUAUCUCUGGUUCUGCUAGUUUGCAUUUUUAACCUCGGAAACAUCAAAUUCAUAGGGCUGCAAAAUGAACCAAAGCCAUCGUGCGUACCCGGACCGUACCUCGGAUUAAUGCGCAUAGAGUCAAAGUCUGAUUAUCUUAAAUCUCUAAGUACCAUAUACAAUCUGGCCUUUAAGGAGAAUCAGGAAGAGACGAAAUCUGAGGAAAUUAGUACAAUUAGCCCGGAGUGUUACAUCAGCACAUCUUACUUUAUAUCGGAAUUGGACACUAUUUACACGCACAUUCUGAUUGAUGAAAAAGUGUGUAGUGAGUACACGAGUCCUCUAUUGCUAAAGACGUUUACCAGCUGGGUGUACGGGAAAAUUGCCCUGCUGAUAUUCUUGCGGCGCACUAGGGCCAGGUAUAAGGACGUUUCUUCAUUUGACAUUUUAAAUAGAUUUAACAAUAUUCUUUCCCUAAUAUGUAAACUACUUGCAAGGUACAAGGGAUUUCGUACAACCCAGGUGCUCACAGAAUCUUGCACAUUUAAGAAUUUCAACUUUUUGACCCUCUUGACUGUAAUAUACUCUUACAUUUAUGCUAUUCUUAGCAUUCCCGUCCACUUGCUUCCUUGGGAACGCCUUACAUUUGAGGAUAUUGUUCAAAGCAAAGAAAAGGAGGAACCUAAAGAAGAUGUGCCAAUUCCUGAAACUCCCCCUGAACAACAAGACCAGGAUGAACCGAAACAAAUGUCAAUACCCCCUGUAUACAGCGACUUUUCUGAGACUGCCGCUGAUGCAACAUGCAUUGAUAACACAAGAAGACAUGAUAUUCUCAUGGCUCACGUUAUAGGCUUUGUAAAUUCCGAGGGGAAUUGGAUCAAAAAAAAGGAAAAGUUUGUGGACGCUAUAGACACUUACAAACUAGGUUUGUCAUGGUAUCUUAGGCCAACAUUUAGUAACACAAUGUAUACAACUAGCUACAAGGCAUGGCCAACUGCUCUCUACUAUUACUACCUUUUAAUAGAACCGUGUGGAAGGGUAUGGUUCAAUUGGUAUUGGAGGAACUAUGAAGCGUGGAAUUCCUCAAAUAUAUGGGCGUACACUCAGAAACUGUAAAUGUAUCUACGCUAAACAUUAAAAGGCAGAUCGCACUCAGAUUGAGAGAUGUUGUCUCAUACAUUUUUGACGUGGAAUUUGAACUCAAAAGGGCAAUUGUAUAC